GGGCGCCAACGUCGGCCGCUUUCGAGACGUUAAGGCCGACACUCGCGCGGCGCACUUCGGCCGGACGAGAUCGGAUCCGCGAACGCGAGAACACAUAUAAAUAUACGUAUAGAAGAUUUUUUUCAUCCCAAGUGACGUUUUCACUUACAACCGUUACAUAACUCGAUUCCUUUCUUUUUUUAUUUGUUUCACUUAUUAAACUAAUUUCUCUCCCUUUUUUUUUUUUAUUUCUUUAUUCAAUUAUCCCUUUCAUUUGCUAUUCUUCUUUCUCUUCUCGAUAAUUUUGUGUAUUUAAAGUGAGAAGUAUGUGUGAGUGAGACAGUUUAUUAAAUCUAUCUUUUAUUCUCUCUAUAUCUUUUUCUUAUUGGUGUGUGAAAGAAGAGAGAAAGAAAGAAAGAAAAAGAAAGAAAGAAAGAAAGAAAUAGAGAAAGGAGAGAUCUUUUUCUCCUCCAUGCGCUUUUCGUUCAUGCUGAAAGCUUGCACGCGGUGGAAACUCGACGAUCUUUGACGAGAGAGAAAGAGAGAGAGUUCAGUUGAAAGAAGGAGUUGCCUCGGAGAAGUAAUUAAUUGAGCGCAAAGAAGGGGGUGGUGGUGGAGGUGGCGGAGGAGGAGGAGGAGGUGGCCACGGUGGUUGGAGAAGGACGAAGCUUAUAAAGGACGUCCUUCCAUAGGAACCACGAAGAUAAGGAUGGGGUUUUACGUCGUCUUUAUAUGUCUUUUGGGGGUAGCAGUAAGCGACAACAGUACGAUCGACGAUCAUUCAGCGAUCGAAGAUGUAUCAGAGAUCGCGAACGUCGCCAACAAUCUCGACAUAGAUAACAUCGAUCAGACGAUUACAUGGGGAGAAUGGUCGCCAUGGUCGAAAUGGUCCCAAUGUUCCAAGAGUUGCGGCGGUGGAAUAUCGAAGCAACAACGGCGAUGCAGACGAAAACCGUGCAAGGGAAGACCUUGGAAUACAAAAUACAAAGUCUGCAAUCCUCAGCCAUGCGAAAAGCCAAGUGAUUUUCGUGCGGAACAAUGCGCGGCAUUCGACGAUGUACCGUACAGUGGACAAUUGUUGAAAUGGUAUCCGCAUUACGAUCCAGCACGGCCCUGUUCUUUGAUCUGUCGCGGAGAGCAAUCACUUGAGAAUAACGUCGGUCGAUUGCAACAGCAACAGCAGCAACAGCAUUUGCAGCAACAGCAGCAACAGAAACAAAACAAGAAGCAACAACAACAGCAACAACAUCAACAUCAGCACCAGUACCAACAACAGCAGCAAGGAUCAAACGAAAAGACACAUACUCGCGACAUCCAAGAUGCUCUGCAAUUUGAUUCCGACGAGACAAUAGUCGUCCAGUUAGCUGACAAAGUUGAGGAUGGCACGAGAUGUUAUCUCGAUGGCCGCGACAUCUGUAUUAAUGGCGAAUGCAUGAAAGUGGGCUGCGAUUUGCGAGUCGGAAGUAGCAAGAACACGGAUGCGUGCGGAGUGUGCGGCGGAAAUGGAUCGAGCUGUCAAUCGAAAUACUCUUGGAACUUGGAACCGAUAUCCGCUUGCUCCAAGUCCUGCGGCGGAGGUUUUAAAAUAGCGAUGCCAGUUUGUAAGGCUGUAGGGACGGACGAUCGUGUUGUCAACGACAGCCAUUGCAAGAACGACGAGAGACCUGAGAAGACUCUCGUGCCGUGCAACACGCAUCCCUGCACGACAAAAUGGAUAAGCGGAGAAUGGAGCAAGUGCAGCGCAAGUUGCGGUGGUGGAUCGAGAACCAGAGCUGUCUUUUGUACCGAAGAAAAUGGCAACGAAACUACGAAGUUGCCAGAGCAUAAAUGCAGUGUCACGCACAAACCACGAGUACAGGAGACCUGUAACAUUAUCUCUUGUCCGAUGUGGGAGGCCGAUCAAUGGAGCGAGUGUUCAGCGUCCUGUGGUAUCGGUGUACGAAGGAGAAGCAUCGAGUGUAGAGAUGGAAACGGUCUGAUCUCGACUGGAUGUGAUCCCUUGGAACGACCACGAUCCGAACAGGAAUGUAAAGCUAACGUGGCGUGCAGCAUGUAUGGCGAGGAUUUAACGCAACCAUUGAUGCAACCUUAUCCACCACCACCAGUGCCGGAAAAAUUAAUCGAUCAACCUAUACCAUCGGAAUCGACGUUCAUAGCGGAGGAAUGGUCACCGUGCAGCGUUACCUGCGGAGAUGGAAUACGCCGUAGGGAAGUCCAUUGCAAGAUAUUUCUCGAGUUCAGCCGUACGAUAGCCAAGUUACCAGACAGACAAUGUUCCGGACCAAAGCCGGAGGAGACGGAGAAGUGCGUCAUGGAGCCUUGCGGUUUGAUUGAGAAUAGUCUGUCGUAUAGAAUCGACACGGUUGGAGAUAGCGGAUAUGCCGAGUCCAGUUUGACGGAUUCCUACAAAUCGUCGAGUAGUUCUGGAGGUGUUGGAACUGGUCUGGCAGCCGGUAGUGCCAGUGGUUACGAAAGUGGCAUCAAAGUGGCACCAGGAAGAAACGUGCAAACCACUUACUCGUGGAAGGAAGCUGGUUACACGCCUUGUAGCGCUACAUGCUUGGGAGGCGUACAAGAGUUGAUAAUAUACUGCGUACGCGACGAUACUGGCAAAACCGUGACUCCGCUUCUAUGCAGCGCCGAAACUAAACCGGAAGCAAGAAUCAGAACUUGCAACGAUCAUCCUUGCCCACCCAGGUGGAGAUAUAGCGAGUUCUUACCCUGCAUGAGCCCCUGCGGUAUUGGCAUUCAGACUCGCGAUGUCACAUGCAUACACGAGGUGACACGAGGAAUCGGUAAUACCGUGACGGUACCAAACCAUAUGUGCCCGCAGCCACCACCAGCAGACAGACAAUACUGUAACGUGUUGGAUUGUCCGGUCAAGUGGAGCGCUGGAGAAUGGGGAGAGUGUUCCAAAAGUUGCGGAGGCGGGGUAAAGAGACGUAACGUGACCUGCGAGCAAAUAAUGGCACUGGGUCGCAAACAGAGAAGAGAAGAAAAUAAAUGCCCGCCGCAAAAGCCAUCCUCCGAAAAACCAUGUAACACCAAGCCGUGUCAUGAGAUGGACAUGAACGUGCAGCCAAUCAUUCUUAGUCAGAAUUCGUCGUACAAUCAGUCGGACUUGAACGAGAAAGUCGAUUUAAAGAUUGGCGGUAUCGCGAGGGUUUUUCAAGGGACGCCUUUUAUCAAGAUUCGAUGUCCAGUUAAAAAAUUCGAUAAAGCGCAAAUUAUAUGGACGAAGGACGGUAAAGAAUUACGUAGGACGAGGAAAUAUAAAAUCAACAAAAAGGGAGCUUUAAAGGUCAUGGACAUAACUACGUCCGACGAUGGAGUUUACGCUUGCGUAGCAUCGCUUUCGCACGCGGAGACACGUGUCAUCGUGAAAUUACGCUCGAAAGAACAGAUAAGCAGCGAGGAAUAUCUUAGGCUUGGUAAUUCCGUGCAUCUUCAAAGAAAUGCCAAUCUCGAUUCGGCACCAGCCAAUUCCGGUGAGAACCUUUACACCGAUCGUGCAGCCGCCUAUGGUAAUCACUUUGUUCCUAUCGAUGGAGAAGACCUCAGCCACGAACGAGCGGUUCCGAGUAAACCAACGAGAAAACCACAACACAAAAGGCAAAGGACCAGUCCGACUCCACCAGAUUCUACCAUGAUGAACAAAGAGCAUACUAUCACCUCUUUGAAUCAACCCGGAUAUCACGAAUCCGUAGAAUCAACGUCCGGUGCAACGUCCGGUGCAACUAGUCUGAUGCCUCACCUCAGUUAUUUAAUUUCGAGCAUAAAGGCCUAUUGGCCUUUCCAAGGUAACUCAGGUUCUAGCAGAAGUCAUAGAACAGCACCAGUUUCUUUCAUCGACGAUACCCACAAAGAAGUUUCUAUGGCGACGAAACGUACUAUGCCUGACAAAAAGACUGGCUUGAGAUAUCACAAUGUCGAAGAGGAUGACUUCGAGGAUCUAUAUCGCAACACAGCUAUUCCUGACGACGUCUUUGGACCGGACGAAGAAAGGAUAUUCAUCGACGUCGAUCCUUAUGAUCUAGACGCAGCGAUAUUCGGUAUACGUCAUGAAGAUAACGACAAACGAACGACCAAUCUAUUAGAUAAAAAAGAUUUUUCAAGCGUCACCAAAGCGAACGUCGAUUACGUCGAGGAAUCGUUGAAAAAUGUGAAGAGACAUUGGCAAGAUUCGCACGAUCUUUCGAAACAUCGUAAAAACGAUACCAUUAAUGAUUAUUCCGACGAGACGAUAAACUCUCCGGCCUCUUCGGAGAACGUUGGAUUGGAAGUUUAUUACAUUCCAGAUUCUACCACGAAAAAUGUCGUUUCUUCGUUAACGACCAACGAAAAAUCGAUCGAAGAUAAUAUUCGCGAAGAAAAUACUUCCGUAGGUGCGAUCGCGUCGACUAAUCUCAAUGACACCGAAGUUUCAUCGAAGAUUUUAAAUUUUGUAAACGAAGAGAAAUCCGUUUAUCCCAUAGAUAAAUCAAACACGAAUGAUUCGAUUUAUGUAGAAGAAUUAGAAAAACGUAGAGCUUAUGAUCCCGACGAAGAUCGUGUUAUCUCGUCGACGAAACGUUUGGACAUUGAGGAAGGUGAAAGUUCAACGACGAUGGACCAAACAACGUUACCUGGCAAUGAACAAAUUGUUUUAGAAUCGACCGAACAAAUCACGAGAGAAUUAUUAUCUCAUAGGCAAGAUCGAGUUGAUUCGAAAGAUACUUCGAAGGAGAUCUCGAUGGAUACGUUUACGACAUCUAGUAGCAUAGGAAAAACCGAAUCUAUAAUCGGCUCGAUUGCUGCACUCGACAACACAGAAGAUUUAGUUUUUGAAUGGGUUACAACAAAUUGGUCGGACUGUUCGCAAACUUGCGGGGGUAGCGGUUUCCAGAUGCGUGGCGCGCAAUGUACGAUGCGUCCAAUAAAAUCAGCAAACUCGAGUCGCGUACCAUUAAGGACGGUAAUCGGUGCUAGUUUGUGCGAAGAAGCGGGACAUCCGAUGCCACAGAAAGUAAGACCAUGCGGAAUCGAGAGAUGUCCUCAAUGGCAUACGACCGAAUGGACAGCUUGCGAAUCGUCGAGAUGUUUCAAUUGGCAAACGGCAAUGCAAAGGCGUGACAUCAGUUGUCGAUUGACCGAGGAAUUAGAAAAUGGCCGUGAAAACGUCACUCAAUUGGAUCCGAAUAAAUGCGACGAAACAACGAGACCUCUGCAAAGACAAGAAUGUUACAACGAUGCUUGUAAAGGUGUAUGGAGAGUAGGCGAAUGGUCGGAGUGUACGGCAUCUUGCGAAGAGGAUGGUAUAAAAUACAGAAUAUUACAAUGUGUCUGGUAUGGCACGAAAAAGCCAGCUGGUAACGCGUGCAGAGAUAUACCAAGACCACCGGUAAUGAAGACGUGCAGAGGUCCAACCUGUCCUCAAUCACCAGCCGACUGUAAAGAUCACUUGCCUAUAUGCAACAGAAUGAAAUUUAUGAACAUAUGCAAAGUGCCGCUGUAUCAGAAGCAGUGUUGCGCGUCUUGUCGUUAGUUCGGACGAAAAAAAGGAAAAGAAGAAGAAGAAGAAAAAAGGAAAAACGUAUGUGAAGAUCGUAUGUGAAGUGCAAAGACGAAUGAAAAAAAAGAAGAGGUUAGAUAGCAGACGAUGAUGGUAUUUAGAUCACGAAGAUGAAAAAGAUCUAUGGAUCGAGAAGCUUUAAUCAUCUUAUAAAACGUGAUGAUCCUCGCGAUAGAUUUCGCGAUGAAACCAUCGAUCGUUAUCGUUAGGAAAAAUUAUAAUGCCCGUUAGAGAGAUACGAAAAGGACUUCGUAAUUAUAUCCGUGAGGAAAAAAAAAGAAAUGAAGAAAAGUUUUAAACGAUAAAACGAUAUCGAAGCUCCUCUUCGUUAAUGUUGAUUGGAUAGUAUUACGAUGUAACAUUCACGAUUAAGUACUCUGAAUGCAGUAUCGACCAAGUUAUUUCCUUUCGUAAUUAUGUUUCUUCUCUUGUAGCUAUUAAAAUACGUCAGAGGAAUAUAACCGCGCCGAGUCUCACAAAUCCGUGAGGAGGAUAUUAUAUUAUAUAGUUUUGAGAAAGAAAAGAGAUAAAAACGAAACAACAAAAUAUUUAAAAAAAAAAGAAAAAAGAAAAAUAAAGAAGAAGGAAAGAAAGAAAAAUACAAAGAGAGAACAGAGAGAGAGAGAGAGAGAGAGAGAGAGAGAGAGAGAGAGAGAGAGAGAAAGAUAUAAAGACACCACAUGCAAAGAAAGCUGAAAAUCCUCGUUUCGUCCUAAUUAAGCUAUAAUUUGUUGAACCACAUGUAAGUACGUUACGUGUACAGUUUGGCGCGAAUCCUAAUCGCGCAUACUCUUGUGCCCUAGAAAAAAAAAAGAAGAAGAAGAAAUGGAAACGUGGAAUUCGUCCAAAAAAGUUGAAGGUAUAUCUAUAUUGUUAAAGUUCAAUGUGAGAGAAAGAGAGAGAAAGAGAGAGAGAAAAAGAGGGAGAAAAAGAGAGGUGAAAUGGCAGAAAGUUUCAUUAACGCGUUCGAAACAGAGAUGAUUAUUAGCGCGCUACGCGAUUAAUAAGUAUGUUAUUAAAGUUUGUCAAUGUUGAUGUUUGAAUCGCACGGCUUUAAUAAACGGAAACACUAAUUUUUAAUAAGUGAAAAGUCAAAUCGAUGAUAAAACAGAAUGAAACUACGUAUAUUAAGUGCCCUCCCCCCCUUUUUAUCCCCUAAUGAGAAAAAAAAGUCGGCGGCGCAACAAGGACACGUUCGUAACGGGUUUAUUUUUUUACAAUUUUCUUAACAAGCACAAUCAAAGCCAUUAGUUUCGGGAAGAACAAGAUGAAAAAGAAGAAAAAAAAGAAAAAAGAAAAAAAAAAGAAACACGAAAGAAACGAAACGAAACGAAACGAAAUAAAGAGAGAAAAUAAAAUAUAAAGAGGAAGAAAAUCAUUUCUUAAGACUGAGACGCUAUUUCGACUAUUUCGAGAAAAUAAUUUAUUAUUAAUCGAACAUAAGCACCGAAAUAUAUACUUCCUUUUUAUUUUUCUCUGUGCCCUCCAAAGAAUCCUUGCGAUUACAUUCCGCCUAGCGUCCAUAGUUUUAUUACGUCCUUUUAUUUUUCUUUUCAUUUCUUAUUUUUGUUUUUUUUUGUUUUUGUUUUUGUUUUUAUCUUUCCUUUAUUUUAUUUUGUUCUUUUCUUUUUCUUCUUUUCCUUUUUAUUUUCAUUUUCGCUAUACAUAUAUAAAUACAUAUAUGAAUAUACGAAGAGAGGAGAAGGAGGAAGAAGAAGAAGAAGAAGAAGAAGAAGAAGAAGAAGAAAAAGAAGAAGAAAAAAAAAAUGAAGAAGAGAGGAAAAUAAAAAAAAUAUAUAUAUGUAUUAAAUAUUUGUUGCCACGUUACCUCUAAGUUAGCAAAAAAGUUUCAUAUGAAAUGAUUAUAUGUAUAUAUAUAUAUAUAUACAUAUAUAUAUAUAUACACAUACACAUGUAUACAUAUACGUAUAUAUAUAAAUAUAAAUAUAUAUAUAUAAAUAUAUAUAUAUAUAUACAUAUACAUAUAUAUUAAAUAUAAAGUUAACUAACAACGUAAGUUACAGAUAAAUUAUUAUGCGCCUAUAAGCGUCCUGUGAGGCGAACAUAAGCCAAUAGAUUCUAAGCAAUAAAACGUAUAGGUAUAAUAUGUAAUAUAAUAUUUUGUUAAAAACCUCUGGCGAAAAUUCGUUGACAUGAACAUUCUAUCGUUAGUCCAAUCGCCCGAAUUUACUUAUGUGCCUCUAAACGCGUAAUCGCAGAACCAAUCGUCUUGCUGUUUACAGUUUGAAGAGAGAAUAUCAUUCUCGAUAUUUAGUGUCGCACUACAUCUUUCGGAUUAGAAGGCCCUUUAACAUAUACCAGGACGAUAUAUAUAUAUAUAUAUAUACAUAUAUACAUAUAUAUAUGUUAUUUCAAAUAUUAAUAAUAUUAAUAAUAAUAAUUAUUAUAAUAAUAAAUGAAUAGAUAAAUAAAUAAAUAAAUAAAUAAAUAAAUAAAUAAAAGGUUCGGACAACACCAAGAAAAUAAAAAUAAAAUAUUCUUUUCAAACUACAUAUUAUAUAUAUAUAUAUAUAUGUAUCGUUCGAUCGUCGAGUCGCUUGUGAGCUUUCAUUUUCUUUUUUUCCGAAUAUUAUAAGCACAAAAAAGAAAUAUUGUAAACAAAUUUUCGCUAUAAACGAAUUUUCGAGAGAAUACGGCUGAAGUAUGUUUGCCAAAGCGAGCUGACUUAUAAAAGAUGUGAAAUUAAAUAUAAAAUAAAAGAAAUUUAACAUAUUAACGGAAGAGGAAGACUUACGAGAGAUGAUGAAAAAAAAAAGAAGAAGAAGAAGAAGAAGAGAAAAAAGAAAUAAAAGAGAUAACAAAUUUAUAUUAA